AUAGGGAACCCGACUUUUCGUGAAAUGAUGCAAUACGCACCGGAAAAAGUCUACGAAGACAUGGAGGGCGAGUGUCGGGUCUACGACGAGAUGUGGACUGGGGACUGGUGGUGGAACCUGCAGAAAACGCUCCCGCCUGGGGCCACUAUUGCACCCGUCAUCCUUGCAUCAGACAAGACGCAGCUGACAUCGUUCAGUGGUGACAAGUCCGCGUGGCCCAUUUAUCUCUCAAUUGGAAACAUCCCAGGCAGCGUCAGACGCCGUCCAUCAUCAAAAACAACAGUCUUAAUUGGGUACAUACCGACGACGAAGCUCGACAUCUUUCGUACCGAUGAGGAGCGCUCACGAAGUGGGCAGCAACUUUUCCACCACUGCAUGCGCCUACUUCUGAACCCUCUCGUUGAGGCUGGGAGGAAUGGGGUAGAUAUGGUUUGCGCCGAUGGGAAAAUACGCACCGUUUUUCCUAUCCUAUCCGCCUAUAUUGCGGACUGGCCAGAGCAAUGCUUGGUUGCAUGUACGAAGGAAAGCCGCUGUCCAAAAUGCCUGGCAGGGACAAAAGAGCGAGGGGAGCCGGUUGACACAGUUCUGAGGGAUCCGGAAAAGACGAAGAAGCUUCUAAGAAAGGCGGGUGGAAACCCUCGAGAUAAGAACCUCGAGGCACAUGGAAUCUGUGCUGUUGACCCAUUUUGGGUCGACUUACCUCACUGCAAUAUCUUCUCGUGUCUCACACCUGAUCUCCUCCAUCAACUCCACAAAGGCGUCUUCGGCGACCACGUGUGGAAGUGGUCAACGAAAGCUGCAACUGGCGGUGAAGAGGAGAUUGACCGCCGCUUUGAGUCAAUGCCAUCGCAUCCAUCGGUCCGACACUUCACUAAGGGUAUAUCAGUUCUCUCGCAGAUGACAGGCACAGAAUACAAGAAUAUUGAGAAGGUUUACCUUGGUGCUCUCAUUGGUCUUGUGGAUCUCAGAGUCCAUCGCGCGGUCCAGGCAAUACUCGACUUCAUCGUGCUUGCUAGCUUUGAGACUCACACCGACGACUCCUUGACACGACUUGACUCAGCCUGGUCGAGCUGGCAUGAGAACAAAGGGAUAUUCCACGAGCUAGAUAUUCGGCGUCAGGACUUUGGCGGUAUUCCAAAACUCCACAUGUUAAGGUAUUAUCUCACCAGCAUUCGAUCUCGUGGUGCGGCAGCUUGGACAAAUACUGAGCUUUCGGAACGGUACCACAUUGAAUACGCCAAAUCAGGUUAUCGUGCGUCAAACCGCCGCGAUUUUCUUGAGCAGAUGACCAUCUGGCUGAGGCGUCAGGAGGCUAUACAUCGUCGGCGAACAUACCUUGACUGGCUCAGAAAGCGACACCCUGACGAGUCGGCUCAAGUGGAGGAUGAGGGCGAGGCAGACGGAGAGGACGGCGAGGAAGGUCAAGAGGGCCAAGAGCGGCAAGAGCACAAUGAAUCCUUCGUUGACUCGCCCAUGCUGUCAACCCCUAACCCCGACCAGAUUUUGAUGGCCCGUACACCUGCCUAUCCCAAUGCUUUGGUUCGAGAACUGGGUCUGCAGUCAGGCCUUGGCGACUUCCCCGCUACCCUUCAUUCAUUCUUAGUAGAUUCCGGCUACACGUCCUCCCUUACAUCCCUCGACUUAUCGCAUCUACGUGUGCAGGGCUUCAAGCGAUUUUCGCUCCUCCUCCCUUCUCUGUUCGACUCAGGUGGCCUUGGUCUUUCUGAAGCCACUCAAGACACUAUUCGUGCAACAUUCAGUCAAGCACCGCGAAACCCACUUCGUUCACCAUCCCCUGCACGCUUCGACACUGUUCUAGCCAUCCAAGAUCCUUCAUCCCAACAUGUUUCUUCGCGCACCGGCCUCAAGGUAUGCCGAGUGAGGUUUAUCUUCAGGCUUCAGCCCGAGGGACAGCCCCUCGCAUACGUCGAAUGGUUCAAUUCCCCCCGUUGGUCCUCUGAGCUAGGUUUAUUCUCGGUUUCGAAGGCCUAUCGCCGUCGUCCGCAUCGUCAAAUUUCUAUCAUUCCCAUUUCCAAUAUCUUACGCUCAUGCCACUUGAUCCCAAAGUUUGGCACUAACAUUGGCUCCAAACCGGACGCGGACGACGCUCUUGAUACCUACACUACCUUCUAUCUCAACCCCUAUCUUCGCGCUCACGACUACCUCCUGUUCCGCUAUCAUAAGCUGUACGACACAUAG